AUGCCCGACAUCGAGUCUGGUGGUUUGGGGGAUUGGGAUGAGAUGUCUCGAGGGAGUACUAGUGGUAGUGAGAGCCAGGAAAUGCCAACUCACAACUUGGAAGUUAUUGACUCGUAUCCUGACUGUGCUCAAUCAUAUGGCAAGGGCUACACGUUCCUCGAUCUAUUCAAUUCUGACAAUAACAGCAAACACCGUGCAACGAAUCCGUAUUACCCAUUCAGCGGCCAGAAAGACUGGGAAGUUGGGUCAUGGCUCCUUUGCUCAGGAUUGAGCAUGGGGGAAGAUAGACAAUUUUCUUUCGCUCGAGAUGUGGUUCAGAUAAAGACCCUUCCAUUGUCGUUCCGUUCUGCCAAGGAACUCCGUAGUAGAGCGGAAAUGUUGCCCAGCGCUCGACUUUACGCCUCGCAGGGUGUACACCACUGCACAGAGGUUGUGUCGCGUGUAUUCGGAAUGGAUGACUGGUGA